AUGUUGAUGGUGUGCACUACACCCCGUCCCCUUGACUGUCUCCUUCAUUUCAGUGCAGUCCCAAACCGCAGGGUCCCGUCGAGCUGGCUGUCCUUCAGCGCGGAAGGAAACAGGGACAUUGCCAUGAUCUCGCCGGAGUUCAAUUUCAACAUUUUGACUCGGGACUUGUCUUAUUAUGUGGAAAAUCAGGUGAAAGUUGGACUCUUCGGCUCUGGUUUUGGAUUCUCUCUAGUGCUGGGGUUCAGCGCCGCGUACACCUGCUACUAUUUACUGUCCGUGGCAAAGAAGCCGCAGGUAAUCUCCGGGGGUAAAAAGUUCUACCAGUUUCUGAGGGACCAUUGUCCGGUUGUGUCAGAGACAUACUACCCAACGUUUUGGUGCUGGGAAGGUCGGAUUCAGACUUUGCUAAGACCCUUUGUUACAGCCAAACCUGGAGUUGUCUACAGAAAUGAGCUUAUUAAGGCAGCAGAUGGAGGACAGAUCUCAUUGGAUUGGUUUGACAAUGACAACAGCCCCUCACAUCCUGACCCGUCCAGUCGGCCCACUGUCCUGCUGCUGCCCGGCCUCACGGGCACCAGCCGAGAGUCCUACAUCCUGCACAUGGUUCAGCAGAGCCGCGAGCUUGGAUACAGAUGUGUGGUGUUCAACAACAGAGGGGUGUGUGGAGAGACUCUGCUGACCCCAAGGACUUACUGCGCUGCGAACACGGAGGACUUGGAGACUGUUAUCGACCACAUUCAGAGGACUUAUGCAGCUGCUCCUCUCAUGGCGGCUGGAGUGUCCAUGGGCGGAAUGAUGCUGGCGAACUACCUGGGGCGUAAGGGUCAUGGAACCUGCCUAAAAGGGGGCGUGGUCUUCUCCGCGGGCUGGGACGUGUUCGAGUGUACCGCCUCCCUGGAAAAACCUCUGGAUCGAUUCCUCUUCAACUCUUACCUCACCAGCUGCCUGCAGGCCUCCGUGGACAGACACCGACCUGUGCUUGAAAAGUGUUACGACAUCGAUCACGUAAUGAAGGCAAAGACAAUUCGUGAGUUUGACGAGAGGUUUACGUCCAUAAUGUUCGGUUACCCCACUAACGAUGACUACUACCGCGAUGCCAGUCCCAUCCACAAGCUGAAGACAGUGCAGGUGCCGCUGCUUUGUCUGAACGCAGCUGAUGAUGUCUUCUCUCCAGGUCAUGCAAUCCCAGUGGAGGCAGUGAAGCAGAAUCCAAACCUGGCGCUGGUCAUCACUUGUCAUGGCGGCCAUAUUGGAUUCCUGGAGGGUCUGUGGCCGCGGCAGAGCACUUAUAUGGACCGAGUUUUUAAACAGUUCGCAAAAGCCGUAAUUGAAGAGGGCAGUCGCCUACAGAACCUCUCCUGA